AUGGUUGUCUGGCUCCCCGCGCUCUGUCGCAAGAAGGAGGUGCCGUACUGCAUCGUGAAGGGCAAGGCCAGGCUGGGGCAGCUCGUGCACAAGAAGGCCGCCGCGGUCGUGGCACUGACGUCGGUCAACAACGAGGACAAGAAGGAACUGGAGACCCUGGCUGGCAACUUCAAGGGUCAGUUCAACGACAAUACGGAGGUCCGUCGCAGGUGGGGCGGCGGCAUCAUGGGCAUCAAGUCCCAGCACGUCAUGCAGCGUCGCGAGAAGGCCAUUCAGAUGGAGCAGGCCAAGAAGCUCGGGCUGCAGAUUGCCUGA